AUGUCCAUGGAUCACACUCGUGAUCCGUGUCCAUGGGUAGCACUUAGUGAUUUUGGUGGAGCCUUUUCUAUGGGGGCUAUAGGAGGAGCUGUAUGGCACGCAGUGAAGGGCUUCCGCAACUCUCCUCAUGGUGAACGACGCAUCGGGUCCAUCACGGCUAUCAAGGCACGAGCGCCUGUCCUCGGUGGUAACUUCGGCGUCUGGGGUGGACUGUUCAGCACCUUUGAUUGUGCUGUCAAAGGUAUCAGGAAGAAAGAAGAUCCUUGGAAUGCCAUUCUCGGUGGCUUUAUGACUGGUGGAGCUCUCGCUAUUCGAGGUGGAGCAAAAGCUAUGCGCAAUAAUGCAAUUGGAUGUGCUGUCUUACUUGCAGUCAUUGAGGGUGUCGGCAUUGUGUUUAGUAGGAUGCUGGCUGAGAACACAAGACUCGAGGCACCUCCGCCACCUCCGCAUAGCGCCGCAGUCACAUGA